AUGGCUGCGCCGGGGAUGACGAAAACUACAUGGAAGCUGCAGGAGUUUGUUGCUCACGCCAGCAAUGUGUCAGCUGUGGCAUUGGGGAAGAGUUCAGGCCGUCUCUUGGCCACGGGGGGAGAGGACUGCCGAGUCAACCUGUGGUCCGUGAAUAAACCCAACUGCAUCAUGAGUCUGACCGGUCACACAUCCCCAGUGGAGAGCGUGAGGUUCAACCCAUCGGAGAAGCUGAUUGUUGCCGGAUCGCAGUCUGGAUCUUUGCGGAUUUGGAAUAUGGAAGAAGCCAAGAUACAGAGAACGUUAAUGGGUCACAAGGCCAGCAUUUGCAGUCUGGAUUUCCAUCCCUAUGGGGAAUUUGUGGCAUCCGGGUCCCUUGACACAAAUAUUAAGCUCUGGGAUGUGCGGAGGAAAGGUUGUGUGUUUCGAUAUAAGGGUCACACACAAGCUGUGCGCUGUCUGCGGUUCAGCCCGGAUGGCAAGUGGCUGGCAUCCUCUUCAGAGGACAGCAGUGUGAAGCUCUGGGAUUUGAGUGCCGGGAAGAUUAUGUCAGAGUUUACGGAACACCGGGGGCCGGUCCAGAUUGUGGAGUUUCACCCCAAUGAGUAUUUGCUGGCCUCAGCGAGUGCAGACAGGACUGUGAGGUUCUGGGAUCUGGAGAAGUUCCAGCUGGUUGGCUGUGUGGAAGGAGAAGCGACUCCUUUCAGAACGAUUCUGUUCAGUGGUGAUGGCGGAUGUCUCUUCUGUGGAGGCCGCGAUGCUCUUCGAGUCUAUGGCUGGGAACCUGAGCGCUGCUUUGAUACCGUCCCUGUGUCAUGGGGCAAAGUCUCUGACCUGUCCCUCUGCAACAACCAGCUGAUUGGUGUCUCUAUUGCCCAGACAAAUGUCUCCUCCUUUGUGGUAGACCUGAACCGUGUGAAACUAAUUGGAUCAGAGCCACAGGGGUCUCUUCCAACUGAGAUCCCCAUCAGUCAGCCGACACCCUCCGCAUCCUCAUUGAGGAGAAUCUAUGAGAGACCGUCUACCACCUGCAGCAAACCAAAGAGAGCGAGUCCGAGCAGUGAUGAGGAUGAGAAGGAGUCCAGUGCUGAGAUCCAGAAUCCAGAGGAGUUCAAUGAAAUCUUCCAACCGAAGAAUGCAAUCUCACGGACUCCUCCACGUGACAGCGAGCCUUUCCCGGCCCCCCCAGAAGAUGAAUGUGUCCCUGUGAAGGAGUCUGUCCCGCCAGCAGCAGAAGUUGUCACACCGGUCACCGCCAUAAAGAAAAAUCGUGAACAGCUGAACAGACCUCCUGUGGCAUCUUCUACACCCACAGUGUACCCAGAUCCCCCUGCUGCCCCUUCCACCCCCAGCCACCCCCCAGUCAUCUCUGCUGCCAGAAAGGAGCCUAUCGGGUUGAAGGUGGCUGACUUCCUUCCAGUGGUAAAGGGCUCAUCUCCAACAGAAGUUGGGGAUGAGGAAGCCAUGGGUCAAAUUCGGAAGGGGCAUGACACAAUGUGUAUGGUGCUGACCAGCCGCAUGCGCAACCUGGACACAGUGAGAGCGGUAUGGAGCACUGGGGACAUCAAGACCUCCAUGGACUCCGCUGUGGCAGUAAAUGACUUAUCGGUGGUUGUGGACAUGUUAAAUAUCAUCAACCAGAAAGCGUCGCUGUGGAAGCUGGAUCUGUGUUUGACCAUCCUCCCGCAGAUAGACAAACUCCUACAGAGCAAAUACGAAAGCUAUGUGCAGACCGGCUGCAUUUCCCUGAAGUUGGUGCUGCAGAGGUUCCUCCCACUGAUCACAGACAUGCUGUCAGCUCCACCCUCAGUGGGUGUGGACAUUUCUCGGGAGGAGAGACUGACAAAGUGUAAGAUGUGCUACAAGCAGCUCCGGUGCCUCUCGUUAUUGGUGAAGAGCCGAGCAUCCCAGAGCGGCCGGUAUGGAAGUGCAUUUCGAGAGCUACACCUCCUAAUGUCUGCAUUGGAAUAA